CCCACCACUCGUGCCCGGAAAGUUUUGGAGCGUUUCAGACGACGUUUGCGUGUCCGAACGAAACUUUCUCGAUGCUCUGCACCACUGCACCAGUGUGAACGGACGCGCGCCCGCGCGCUCUCUAGUACUGUUUGUGCAUUUCGUAUUUACGUAAAACGUACGUUUAACAAAAUUAUAAUAUUAUAAUAAUUAUUAUUAUGCGUAAUAUACUCGAUAAACGAUAGGUAUCGGAUUAAUGUCCGCGUGACCGAGACAAUAACAGGUUUUUCUUUUUAAAAAUAUAUAUUGUUAUUAUUUUUAUGUUUUUGUCUGUCACGCCGCGGAGCAUCGACGGUUCGUCGGUUCGGGAGAACGAAUCCGACGUGUGCACAUUAAACCGUCGUCAUUACCAUUUAAUAAGUCUAUAAUAGUGGUCGGUUUCGUCGUUUCGUGCGUCCAAUACCAGACACGACGUGUUGUGGUGGCGCCCGGUCAACAAACCUCGAAACGAUCGAUUUUUACGACGGUCGGACGUUAAUCGUGCGCGAGUCGUCAGUAGUCAGUACGACUCGUCGUUACCUGCAAGUUUUACGUUUUACGAUCGUCUCGUCGUCUACAACAACAGCUCUCAUCGAUUCCCAUCCAGUCGGAAUACCACCAGCGGGACGUCGCGCCACUACGGCACCUGUGUCUCCCCGCGUACCGCCACCUGCCUGCGCCAGUUAGUCGUGUGUAUGUUAUUAUUACUAUAUAGUAGAGACCAAUACAAUAGUGAAGACGUAAAAGGUGUUAUCACUACGGCAUCACACAAUGGCAGCUUGAUGCCGCUGUAACAAUAACAAUGGAUUCAUGAAACAAAGACUGAACGGAAUAAUAAUCUCCGUGGCUACCUGCUUGUCGUCGGGGACAGAUCGUUCGGACGGAACCUCUCUUGGUUGUAAAUUCUUAUGCUAAUUCACGAAAAGCAGCAGCCGCCGCGGCGGUUGAUUCAUUACUACAAACCUUGCAAAUCGAUUAAUUUCGAUACGCGCAUUAAUUUGUUUUCUUAACGAUGCGUUGACUCUGUGGCCGGUGUGGACUUGCGAAAAAAUGGUCACUGUCAACAGCAACAACAGCACCAGCAGCACCAGCAGCAAUUCAACGCAAUUAGUUGAAACGGUGUCAAUCGAUUAUGACGACUUCAACGACGCCUUUUUGACGUGCGCCACUUGUCUGUGCGUUUACGAUGGCGUUGAACGUGCUCCAAAACUCUUACCGUGCUCACACACCGUGUGUGUUCACUGUUUGACGAGGAUUGCUGCGGCGGCUAACAAUCGACGUACAGCACAAGACUUGAACAAUGGGCGAGGCAAUAGUAGUACUAUACAAUCAUCUCAGCAACAACAGGAAUCUCAACAACAGCGGCAAACCUUUAGGUGUCCAAUAUGCAGGGAACUAAUAGUUGUUCCUCAAAAUGGCGGAGUCACAGCUCUUCCUCCAUCAUUUCUAGUCAACCAACUACUUGAUUUGAUAUCUACUCAUAGACGACGCACUUUAAUACCAACUUGUUGUGGUGGUGGUGUAUUAUCUUCACAUAUUAAUCAGGAAUUGCUUUAUUGUGAAACAUGUGAUCAAGUAUUCUGCUCAAUUUGUACUAAACAUGAGACAGCAAUUGGCAGUAGUGCCCUUAUUUCAUCUAAAUCUCCGCCAUUGGUUCAUACAAUAAUACCUGUGUCUGUAGCUAUGAAACGUACAUCAGAAAUAAUGUUGUAUAAAGCUAAUGAAUGUGUAUCAAAAUUGAACUAUUCGAGGGAUGGAGUAUGUGCUGAAUUAGAACGUUUAGAUAUAGCUCGAAAUGAAUGUUUAUCUACUUUGGAUGAUACAUUUAAUGAUCUGAUGAACAUAAUAGAAGUCCGUAAGCAACAACUGCAACAACAAAUACAUAAGGCAUAUGAUGCAAAAAAUAGAAUUUUGAGUCAACAGCUCUCAGCUAUUGAUAUUGAAAAAACCAAAGUUAUGGACGAAUGUGGCAACGUCCAUCAACUAUUGGAUGUACAGUCUAUCAAUCAACGAAUACAAAUUUUAAAUGAUCGUUUGCAAAAACCUACAGGCGGUAUUGAAGAACCUCGCGAAAAUGCUUUUAUUGCUUUGGAUUUAGAUCUAACAGCAAUAAAAAAUGUCGUAAAUAAUGCAAUAGGACAAAUGGGACGGGUGCGCACUACAACUACUUGUCCUGGAAAUUGUACACUGAAUGUUGCUAAAUCAAAUGAAAAUUUGUUGAUACCUCGUUUAGUAGAUGCACGGGUUGCUACAUUAACAGCUAUUGACUAUGAUGGUAAUCGACGCAAUUUAGGUGGUGAUCCAGUAACUCUGAAAUUAAUUGGACCUUUAGAUGACACACAGCAAGAAAGAACUGCAAACAAUUUAGGGCAUCAAUCCCAUGAAAACAAUACCACUGAUGACAGAGUGCGUAUUAUUGAUCAUAAAAAUGGUCAAUACACAAUCCGUCUACGUUUAUCUAUUUGUGGCAGAUAUCGACUUCAUAUUUAUGUGCUAGGUAGACCAGUAGCGUGUAAUGGUAGUAUUGGACAUAUUGACUUUUCUAUAACAAAAAACAUUGACCCUAUAUGCCAGUAUAGUAAAGGACCUUCAAUGCAACAGCCUGUUGCAAUUGCUGUAGAUCACCACUCUACUAGGGUGUAUGUCUUAGAUACAGGAAAUUGUCGAAUAAGAGUGCUUGACACAGAUUUAAAUUAUAUUUGUGAUAUACAAAAUAUUGAAGCUAUGCGUGGUCGUUCUUCAACUGGUAUUGGUUUAUUGAGUGAUGAAACAUUAGUUACAGUUAAUUGGCGUACAAACAUAGUGACUCAAAUGACUUUAGGUGGUGAAACAGUUAAGUCAUGGACACAUUCGAGUAUGAUCGAACCUAUGUGUGUUGUUGUGGACAGAAUUUAUGAUCAUGUAUUAAUAGGUGAUUCUUCAUGUAACAUACAUGCAUUCAAAGCGACAACAGGGCAACAUCUCUUUACAAUAAAUAAUAAGAAAAGUAAUGGGAAAUCUGCUGAAUGUGUUGGUACAUUUAUGGCAAUAGGGCCACAAUCACAGAUUAUUGUAAUUUCUGGUGCAACUACAACUGGAUGUCGCUGUUUAGAUAUAUAUUCAUGCAAAGGUACUUAUGAGCGAUCAAUUACAGUUACGACAACAACAGAUAAAUCCUUACAUUCAUAUAGCUCAUUGGCUACUUGUAAUAAUUUUAUACUGGCUACUAGACGCUACUAUAACUCAUACGUAAUUGACUUGAUUGAUAUGGAAACUGAAAAAUUAAUAAACACUGUUGACUCCAAUGGCUGCAAAUUACGUCGUCCAGCUGGUAUGGUAGCAUUUUCCGAAGUUCAAGAUUCUGUUAUUGAUGAUAGUCAACAAUGCUCAUCGUAUUAUUUAUUAGUAACUGAUGUAGCAGCUGAUAGCGUAAAAAAAUAUCAAUUUUUUUAAUUAGUAUUAGUCUACUAUUUACUAAACUUGUCUACUUAAUUAUUUAUUUAAAACUAAGUCUAA